ACGCGCUUUCGCAUUUGCCAUCCGAUUUACACAAACUGAAACCAUGAAGUACGUGCUGGUCUGCUUUGUUGUUUGCAUGGUGCUCGUCGGAGCGACGGCCAAAAGCACGUCAGGAGACUGCCCCUUCAUCUGCUUAGCUGUAGAAAAACUAGUUUGCGGCAAGAACAGCAAGGGCGAAAUGCGCACCUUUUCCAACGAAUGCUAUAUGAGGGGCGAAAACUGCGUUGAAAAAAAUGACUUCGUCAAGGUUAAGGAGGGCGAAUGUUAACAACGCAUCUUGAGGUUCCGGACGAAGAUUUCUAAUUGCAUUUAUUUUGGCGAGUGAUUUACUCAAUAAAGAGAUACAUACAA